GCUCGGUCGUCAGUUGACGGAGCUUCCUGUUCGCUUCGCUUCCUGGUUGUGCUCGGCUAACGGCGCUGCACAAUGAAAACGCUCACUUUAUUAAGUUUAAUCUCCACUUACGUACUAGUGAGCAGCAUCGGCAUCGAGGAUAAAGCAGGACAGUUCUUCGGUAGCGGCCAUACGAACAACUGGGCAGUGCUGGUGUGCACAUCCAGGUUCUGGUUCAACUACCGGCAUGUGGCCAAUACUCUGUCCGUCUACAGAAGUGUGAAGAGACUGGGCAUCCCAGACAGCCACAUAGUUCUCAUGCUGGCAGACGAUAUGGCCUGUAACCACAGAAACCCCAAACCUGCCACAGUCUUCAGCCACAAGAACAUGGAGCUGAAUGUGUACGGCGACGAUGUGGAGGUGGACUACCGUGGAUACGAGGUGACGGUGGAGAACUUCCUGCGUGUUCUGACCGGCAGGCUCCCGCCCAGCACCCCGCGCUCCAAACGCCUCCUCUCUGACGACCGCAGCAACAUCCUCAUAUACCUGACCGGCCACGGUGGGAACGGCUUUCUGAAGUUCCAGGACUCUGAGGAGAUAAGCAAUGUGGAGCUGGCCGACGCUUUUGAGCAAAUGUGGCAGAAAAGAAGGUACAACGAGCUGCUGUUCAUCAUCGACACGUGCCAGGGCGCCUCCAUGUACGAGAGGUUCUACUCCCCGAACCUCAUGGCCCUGGCCAGCAGUCAGGUUGGGGAGGACUCCUUGUCGCACCAGCCUGAUCUGGCUAUAGGAGUCCACCUGAUGGACCGCUACACCUUCUACCUGCUCGAGUUCCUGGAAGACAUCCACCCCGCCAGCACCACCAACAUGAAUGACCUGUUCAAAGUGUGUCCCAAGAGUCAGUGUGUGUCCACUCCGGGCCACCGCACCGACCUGUUCCUGAGGGACCCGGGUAGUGUCCUCAUCACAGACUUCUUUGGCAGCGUCCGCAAAGUGGAGAUCACUAUGGAAACUAUCAACUUGACCAGCCCCGUAGAACAAGUGGAGGAUAAGCCCGUGGAUGGAGACCUACAAAGAGAGACGCAUUCAUAUGUGGAUCAACUGCCAGUGUCUGAGAUUAUCCAUCAGAAACCCAAGCAGAAGGACUGGCAUCCUCCUGACGGCUUCAUCCUGGGCCUCUGGACUCUCAUCCUGCUGGUGUUCUUCAAGACGUACGGCGUCAAACACCUCAAACACAUCUUCUGAGGCCUCGGCGCUUCACACCACCGGACAUCUGAGGCCCGAGAAAGACUCGCCAAAUAACCAGGAGACUUUUAUUGGAGCCGUUUUUUUUGGAGGGAGUGUGCGGUUGCCGUCUGGUUUCCACUUGUGUAACCAGCAGAGGUGAACAGCGAGCGCGGGAAUGUUUAUCUGACUGUCUUUCACUUGCAGCCAGCGUUGGCAUUCGCGUUUGUUUUUGAUGUUGUUUUGCCUGAAAAUGGAAACUGGCACGGAUGCGUGUGGCACAACGACUGCUUGGACAGCCACCGUGCGAUGUUAUUCAUGCCGUUUUUUGUUUUUUUUUAACCUACUGAUUAAUGGUGAACACUAUUUAUUCCAUUUUUUUUUCACUCGCUUAUCGAGAUUUAAAAGAAAAGAAUAAAAAUGCAGAAAUACUUGAAGGUCGCACAGCAGAUAUGCGAGCGUCCUACUCUAUAUGGGAAUACCAUUAGUGGUGGGGGUCAUUAUUAUGUUAACAAUUUUAUGUGUUCUUUUGUCAAGGACUUCGGCAUAUAUUUAUUUUAUUCCGUCAAAAGUUCUGUUUUGUCAGCCCAUUCCAUAAUUGCGUUGAUUUGGCUGAAAAUGCACUGAAUUGAGUCUGCAAGAUAAGAAUUUAAUUUAUUUUGAGAGCACGCUGCUCUGCAUAUUUCAGCACUAGCCUUUUUAUUUAAGUGCUACUCAGAGCGUCUGCUCGGUCAAAAAGGAAACACGGGAAGAGGGGAGGACUGAUUGGCUGUGAGCGGGCUGUGGAGAGAUUACUAGUUAAUGUCUUCCUUGUCCGUAUACAUUACACCUCCUGACCGCCAUAUCACCGUCGUGAAGGAUAACAAUCACAAGUAAUCCCAUCUCGCAUGAUGGACCCGUCCACUUUUCCAUUCACCAAAUUGCCCUCCCUGUGGAAACAUCCAUUAGCUCCCCGGCCGUGUUCUCCGCUGAUUGUAUUCCGGCUGAUGGACAGCUAUUUCCCCAGCCCUUCUGUGUCUUGUGCUGUAGCGAUGAUAAGUGAGUGAUAACCUGGUAAGCCACUAGCCUCCCAAAUGAAUGUCUCAUACGCUCGAUGUGUUUUUUUCCCCCCCUUUUCUCUUUCUUCCUCUCCCUGUGUACCCAUCGGGCAUUAGCCUCAUUGUUGUGGGAGUGACUGAUGGUCAAAGUAUGCGGAUUGAACCUGCGGUAGUUUAUCUUUGCUCCUUGGCGUGAGUCCCCCCGCCCGUCGGGGAGCCACUGCCACUCUCCUCGGCUGCUGAAGUGGAAAAUGGAUGGAGUGGUAAAUGAAACCAUAUGUAUGGGAGGGCAGCUGCUGCGUCAGCCGCCGUGCGCCUGCCCUUAUAUAUUAUUGAUGCAACACUUAUUUCUUCUUCCUUUUUUUCCCCCUCCCUGCUUUUUAUUUCCUGUAGUUUCCUCCUGCUUUCUUUAAAGGAAAGAAAGCGCACACAUACCCGUUUUUGCCUGUUUUAAUUGGUUACAAUUUUGACACCCUUAUUAAAGAUAAAAGAUUGGAUCUGAA